AUGGCAAUCCUUUUACUUCCUCUUCGCUCUCUUCUAAGAGCAGUAAGUAGGCUGAAGCUCCGUGAACUGCGCUAUCAAGCAAAACAUUCUCCACCUCUCAAAGUGCAAGCGAGACGGUUUGAUUUGUCAUUUCAGUCACGUCGUGCUGGUCGAGUGUUGCGAUGUGCUAUGAGUGUUGUAAUGUGUGUUGCCUUUUCUUUUCCAGAGUGCCCAUAUCAUAAGCCCCUGGGGUUCGAGUCAGGAGAGGUCACACCAGACCAGAUCACCUGCUCCAACCUGGAGCAGUAUGUGGGCUGGUAUUCCUCGUGGACAGCUAACAAGGCCCGGCUCAACAGUCAAGGCUUUGGGUGCGCCUGGCUCUCCAAGUACCAGGACAGCAGCCAGUGGCUGCAGAUAGAUCUGAAGGAAGUCAAGGUGAUUUCAGGGAUCCUCACCCAGGGGCGCUGUGAUAUCGAUGAGUGGAUGACCAAGUACAGCGUGCAGUACAGGACGGAUGAGAGCCUGAACUGGAUUUACUAUAAGGACCAGACAGGAAACAACCGGGUCUUCUAUGGAAACUCAGACCGAACCUCCACAGUCCAGAACCUCCUGCGGCCCCCCAUCAUUUCCCGCUUCAUCCGGCUGAUCCCGCUGGGCUGGCACGUCCGCAUUGCCAUCCGGAUGGAGCUGCUGGAGUGCGCCAGCAAGUGUGCCUGAGGUCUCCCUCGCGCCGUGGGGGGCGGAGGGCUCCGAGCUGCCUGC